AUGUCCGCAAAUGUGCAACCACACCCAAGGACCGCGAAAGGGGAACGGGAGGACAAGUGUCAGCCAGCGACUAGCCACUUCGGGCGAGCGUCAGCAGGCAUCCCGAUCGGCAAGCACAAGGACAACGAGGUACUAGCGAGUCCAAGUUUUGCACGAAUAUUUGUCACACACCAUGAGAGUCAACCACCCGGCGCCUGCCCGGAGAAGAGGCUACGCCUUUUUGGGCGCCACCAUCACGCCACUAUCUCUCACCAUCUGAUUCCUACCGGAACAAUGCCGACCAUCUCAGACAGAUACCCGGAGUAUCAGGCCACGGCCCGCCUGGACGAGCUCCGGGCCACCGAGUACAGUUACCUCGACUCCCAAGGCCACGUGUACCUAGACUACACCGGGUCGGGGCUCGCCGCCUCGGCCCAGAUUCGUCACCACAAUGAACGGCUGUCCCAGAACCUCUACGGCAACCCACACUCGUCCAACCCUACGAGCGCGGCGGCCACCGAGGCCAUGGACCGCACGCGGGCGCGGAUCCUAGCGCACCUCAACGCGUCCCCGGACGAGUACACCGUCAUCUUCACGGUCGACGACCACGGGGGGCCGCUCCGGCUCGGGAAGGUGGUGGAUGAGAGGAUCGUGGCGAUGGAGUCGGCGGCGGCGAGGAUCUCGCUGCGCACGGGGUGCUUUUGUAAUCCCGGAGCGGGUGAGGCUGCGUUUGAGUUGGAUUUCAAGGGUGUUCGGAAGCUGUCGAUCACGCGGAAGCUGUCGAGAAGCCGGCAAGCGUCGGGGGGUCUGGAUCAGUUCAUCGACGCGCUGGGCAUGCCGUACCUUGGGGCUAUCCGGGUCUCGUUCGGCCUGGCCUCGAACGUCGCGGACGUGGACAAGUUCUUUGGCUUUGCCGAGAAGACGUACAAGGACCGCGUUAUCACGGAAUUGGGCCUGCCACCCAGGAUUCAGUGUUGA